ACAGGGCCGGCGGCACGGCACGGCUCGGCACGGCUCGGCAGGACGCGCCCCGCCGCCGAUAUGGUGUCCCCCGUCACCGUGGUGAAGAGUGAAGGCCCCAAACUUGUGCCCUUCUUUAAAGCAACUUGUGUCUAUUUUGUCCUCUGGCUGCCAACUUCCAGCCCUUCCUGGUUCAGUGCCCUCAUCAAAUGUUUGCCCAUCUUCUGCCUGUGGGUUUUCCUGCUGGCUCAUGGGAUUAACUUUUUAGUGGCACACCGGAGCGCCAGCCGCAUCCUAGCAGGACUGAUAUUCUCAGCAGUGGGAGAUGCUUUUCUCAUCUGGCAGGAGCAGGGCUACUUCAUUCAUGGUCUGCUGAUGUUCGCCAUCACACACAUCCUGUACUCCUCAGCCUUUGGCAUGAAGCCUUUGGACCUGAAAGCCGGCUUGAUGAUGGGCCUCAUUUCCAGUUCCUGUUAUGCCUUCCUGUACUCCUACCUCUCGGGCCCAUUCACCUACCUGGUAGCUGUCUACAUCGCCUUGAUUGGCUUCAUGGGCUGGCGAGCGGUCGCUGGCAUGCAGCUGUGCAAUGACCUCUGGACGUGGACCAAGCUCUCGGCCUGCAUUGGAGCAAUGCUUUUCAUGGUGUCAGAUCUGACCAUCGCAGUUAACAAGUUCUGCUUUCCCGUACCCUACUCGCGUGUUAUCAUCAUGGCUACUUACUAUGCAGCUCAAAUGCUUAUUGCACUGUCAGCUGUAGAGAGCAGAGAUGAAGAGGACUUCAAAAAGAGGAGCUAGGUGGAGUGCCGACAGUCUGCGAACAAUGUGGGUUAUAUCUCAGGUGCUGUAGCUGCAUUCACCCCUGAGAGAGAUCUCCAUUUCUCUAGGCAUAUUGGUGAUGUUGAUUUUGCUUCUUUGAAGCAUUACCCUUAGGGCUUUAUUUUCAAUGGCUUUCUCUGAAUAUAGCUUACUUCAGUGUGGAGUCCAUGUCGGAAAGCUUAAGAUUGUCCCUGCAGUAGCUACUCAUUCAAUUUUUCCACCUUGGAAGUGCUGUACUACUGCACUUUAUUUGUUAGUCUUGAAACUGAUGCUGAAUGUUUGGGAAUAGGGGGCCCAGUGGACAAGUUUGGCCACACACUGUGCUAGGAGACUCGCUUUCAAUAGUAGGCAGACAGGCACAGACCUCUGCUAAAGCCAUAGGUAAAAAUGAGUUUAAGUUUAAGUUAGCCUGUUCUUGUGCAUUACAAAUUCAAUACACAAACUGGAGCUAUUUGAGCCUCUGCUGAAAGGAAGCCUGUAGCUAUAGUAAAAACAUCACACUCAGAUGAGGACUGAGCUUUGGAGUCAACAGCAGCAUGUUGGGCAGCCCCUAGCAGAACCCAAAUGAGAGUCAAACACUGAGCAGAGAGCCCAGAUGAGGUACACAGAGAUGAAGUGCUGUGUGCCUUGAUAGCUGCUGAUCAAAGCUCUAGAGCAGGUCUAUGGACACCUGCCAGCAUUGCCACGUAGCUUGGUGGGCUUUUAGGGUCAUCCAGGUAGAAUCCAGUGCAUUCUCUUCUGCUACAAGUGUACAAUCACACAGUGUCAGCAGCCACCAGUGACAGCAUGGGCACACGAGGAUCUUUGGUUUCUGUAGCAGGAGUUGGAGGGUGUAUGUUACUAAUGUGUGUCCUAUUUGUCUGUGGUACGGCAGAUAGGAAUCUAACAUUUACACCUUUCUUUCUCAGUAUUCUAACAAAUAACAUUCCAUAUACUCAUGAAACUUUACUGUCCUGCUGCUUGCAGCACCUUUUCUGAAUGUGUGAGCAUUUCCCAUGUCUGAACUGGUUAGUCAGGGCCCUGAUUUUGACUGUUGUCGUGUUUUGCCAGCUGGUGGCAGAUGUUCAGCUUUGCAGCACUUGUGUUUGGAAACCCCUUUUCAGCAGAACAUCCUGAAAAGCACAGUUCUCUGUGUUCAAAGUGCCUGCCGCUUCCUUCUUGAACUCACAGUGAGAAUGUAGGAAAGCCUGUUUAAUUCUGACCCAAAUUCUUUACUUGGUUUUUCUGCCCAUCUGCUGAAGCAAGAUUACUUCUGACUUCACUCUCUUAAAAAGAUGAGAAAGAUGUUGCCCUGUUUUUUUUUGUUUGUUUGUUUUUUUAAUACCAGACUGAUUUGUGAUUAUGUGUAUAUUUUCUCUUCUUAUUUAGGACAUGUGACAGCAAGCUACAUUUCCAUUUCAAUCUCUCUCUAAUGUGCUCUUUCCCUCUGUCCAUCCUAAGGUUGUUACUAUGGGCAGAGAUGCUCUCCUAGUUGUUUUAAAGACACAGCAAGCUCAUCCAGGUGCAAAGGAACUUUCUAAGGGUUCCUGCACAUCUUAGAUCUGUGGCCAAAAAGGGAUGACCCAAAUCUACGCAAGUCCUAAUAAACCCUUGCAUACUAUUGUAUGGCAGAGUUAACAGGAGGGGCAGCCUUCCAGAUUGUCCUCGUGGGUUGAAAACCACCAUGGUCACCAUACCUCGCAUGCUCAGACCAUUCCAGGCGAAAGCCUGGCACUGAGUCCCUGGCACCAUCAACAGAGCAGGAAUUCCUCUUUCCAAGGAAGGCAGCUGGGGUCAGGGGCAGCUGAGGAAACAUCCUUAGCUUUUCUGUUGGUGCUGAGAGGUGUUAAGUGGCUCUCCUGUUCCUCUCCAGCCUUCUGUGUUGGGACUGGGCAUAGAACAGGCGUUGGCUCCCCACAUGGUGGAUCAGCAUCAGCGCCAAUGUGACCAGUAUUACAAAAAUCUAGGUUAACCAUCCUGACCCCAUGGAAUCAUCUACUGCUUUUCAGAGAGAUCAGAAAGGUCAGCUGCGUUGUUGAGAGGGAAAGAAUUCUAAAUAGCACAGUCUGGUUUAAUCUCUUCCCUUUAAUACUGUUGUGUAAUACUGUCAGUAUUCAUUCACCAGUGUGCUGGGGUCUGCCUGGAGUAAACUGUUAAGGGAAUUUAGAACCAUAAAACAUCUUCAUUCAUCAGCAUUGCUUAUCUCCUGGCCGCAGCUUGAACCCUGCAGUGUAGCUCUUUGCAGAUGUCAGCUGCUGUUACUAGGCUUAACUGCUUGCAAAUCUCUUUCUGCAAAAGACUGACCCAGCUAAGAGGAAAUGUAAGUGUUUGGGGUGAACCCCACCAUUCUCCCAGCACAUAAGAGCAUGUUUCAGUCUGGGUCAGCUCAGUACACUCAAUCCUUAUUCUGGCAGUUCUUCAGAGAAACUCCCUGCACCCUAAGCUUCCCAGAUGACCUCAAGUGGUCUCUUCCAACCUCAGCCAUUCUGUGAUUCUUUGAUUUAAAAGUUAGAAUUUCAAUUCGAACCAUUAUCUCUUUCUUUCACUUUAGAAAUGAGCAAUCUUCAAUUCACUGAAGACAGCUGAUUUGCAUUUCUGCAUGCUUCUUCUUCUUGGCUUUCUUUGCCAUCCUGCUCUACUUUCAGGAACUGUACACUUGAAAAAAUGACCUUUUAAGUGUAAAUUGGAGACUUGCUCUCUCUUCUCUGGCUAUCAGAAGUGCAGUUUCUGGAUACACAGGUCUGUGGAUGGCUUUAAUUAGGAUGGCAAAAACACGUGUCACCCAAGUGGGCUGUUGUCCCUUUACCGUCAGUGGCUGGCUGGGAUGCAGCCAUUGAAGCAUCAGCAUUGGCUUGCCCAGGAACAUGAGGUAGAGCCCUCAGCUUACAAAGUCCAGAAGAGUCCUGCUUGACUAAGAGUCAGCAAAGGCUCUUAAUCCCCAAAAUCUCUCUCCUGCUUUGCAUUCUCUACUUUUCAUCCUUAUUACUUGAAUGAGACCAUUUUCCUGGAAGGUGUCCUUCCUGCUAGGAAAGGCCCACCUGAUGAGGACACUUACUUGACGCAGUUUUCAGAGUUUCUGAAACCCUGAGAAACACUAUACAAUUGCUUGCACUCUGCUAAAUACCUUUUCUUUGGAUUAAAACUCUUCUCUUAACCCAAGCAAGGGCAGUCUUCAUUAUGAAAGGGAGCAAAUAGAAAGUGGGAAGCACGUGAUUGUCUAUGACGCUGCCAGUCAUUUGUGUGUCUUCUUGUUGUCUCUUUGCAUUGUAAAAUUGUAUUGAGCCAUUCUUUUUAUCAGGAGUGCAGUGUUUAAGAAACACCCACUCUUCAGCUCAGGGACACUACAGAGGGAGUGAAGCACCCCAGUGGUGCAGCAUGCCUGGUGGCCCCAAUACUAUCAGCUCCAGGGCUUAAGUUCAGAGGUGUUUCUUUACAGUGCUGUUCUCAAAGGUUCCUCUGCAGUUCCCAUCUAAGGUCGCUUGAGGCUAUGCACAUGCUACAAUUACUCUUGUUCUCUUAUAUUAGAUCAUAGUUAUCCUUAGGUCUUUAAUUAGAUAUAUGGAAAAUACAUUUCAGCUGAACUUUUCUUCCUGGUCGUAGAUCCUCCUUUGUCCUUGCUCACACAGAACUCCCACUGAAGCUGAAGAAGCAUUCCUAUUGGAAUGGGGUUUUAAAUGCUAAUAACGUAUUGGGCUGUGAAAGUUACACUGACGUCAAUAGGGUGAAGCUAAUUUAGAAAUGGCAGGUUGAGAAGAACAAAGCCAGAGGAUAUAAACAGCUUUACUCCUCUGCUGCCUACAUAUUCAUGCUUAAUACUUGGCUUCUUACUCCUUCAUACUGAGGCAACUAUAAGACUGAUUGUUUUAAGAAUGACUCUAACACGGCUUUUAAAUAUAUUGCUGAAACUUUCAUACUGUAAUCAAGCAGAUAAUAGAUUUAUUUCUAUAUACGUAUUUAGACCUCCCGAGACAAACUUUGCAGAUUCUAUUUAGUGAUUCUUCCAAAUUCUUUUGUGCCAUAGUUUGACACUGACACCUAUAAGUUUUCAUCUUACUGCCAUGCUAAUGUUGGGAGCUGGUCUGGAAGAAGCAGAUCAAUGCAAACAGCAAGUGCAAAGCUUAGUGGCAGGUGCCUUGUUCUCACUGCUUGGGUUCUGUAUGGACAAAUGGACUCUUUUACUUAACAGCAGCAUAACCAUGUUCCUCCCAGGUACUUCUCCUGCCUUUUAUCCAUGUUUGCUCCUUUUGUGGCCUUGCGUAAGUCACAGGUUUUUUUGCAGCCAGAUCCUCAUCUGAUGUAAGUAGGCAUGAGUGUAGGAGGGCCAGCGCUCUGCCAGGUUGCAACAGCCAGGACUGGGACCUGUGUGUCUGUUCUCAUCCCAUUUUGAAAAUUGUGGUAUUAGCACUUACCUACCUCACAAAGAUGCUGUAAGGAUUAAUGCUUAUACAGCACUCAGAAGACGUAAAGUGCUAUAUGUCUCAAAUAUUAAUGUACUGUAGUGAUAAAAAUACUUCUAGGCAUCUGCAGAAGCAUGGAAUGUGUUACUGCCUUUUUGAUUUGCAUUAGACUGAAAGCAGAUGAAACAUAUUUAUUCAUACUGUCAAACAGGAUAGGCUCAGCUACACUGAACUCUGUGGAGGUUUUAGCUUAAAAGCCUGAACUCUAAUCUCAGUUUUGCAAAUGGAUUUUAGUUUAUCUAAAAGCCUCAACCAAAUUCUUAGAUGUGAACUGUGCAUCCAAAUUUUGCAGUCCAGUCUCAACCCUGUCUGUUAGAUAGAAUGAAUCUAAUCCAGCCAAAACACAGUGCUCUUACAGACUGCAAUGGUUGUUGAAAAGAUUGGAACAGAAAACGAAGUCAUUCUGUUCAACAUUCAUCCUGCAGAAGGUCAGCUAGGUUUCAAGAGACAACUUAAAAAGGGAUGUUUAAUUCCGUGAUUCUAAGUUUACUGGCUUUAAUAUCAGCAGAGAGGGAAGGCCUUGACAGAAUCAAUAAGGUCGACACAUCCUCCUUGAAUUAUUUCCUUCUAACCUGAAACAAAGCCGUAGCAGGUUCUAUAGUGAAGGAAGUACUUGUACCAUCAGUCCGAGGGCCCAGAACAAAAAUACAUCUAGAAAUACAGCUCUAAACCAUCACCAUAUACUCAGUGACUAUAAAAAAUGCCACAGUUCACUGGAUUCAGAUCUGGACUACAGCUAGAAAUGACUUGGUUCUGGUAGCACUAGUUGCUGUAUAACACAAAUGGAAGUGAGAUGUUACCAAGGAAUGUGAACUGUGUACAUGUGAAAUGGACCAUAAUUUUGAAGCAGCUGCAGUAAAAUGUUAUCUUAAUAUGAACUCAGAAGCAAACACAAUGCAAAUUUUCAUUGUUUCUUUACAGUGUAUGAUGGAUUUUAGUUUUCUUAGUUUGGAGGAAAUUUUCUUAAUAUUAUUUUAUUUUUGCUCUUAUUGUAAAAAAUAAAAAUAUAUGACUCUAGAUAGAUCACAAAUUUAAAAAGGUGGCCAGUUGGCAGGAAUGCCAAAAUUUCUGUGGCUUGUACUGUUUUUUGUGGUGACACUAUGCUGCUGUAGGAUGAGCCACUGGAGUGGUAUGAGGCUCAAAAGGAAGGCUGAAGCACAAGGGCCGCUGCAGACUCCCACAGUCAGUCUCAUGUCAGAGCAAUGCAGGGACCAAGCUGCCAAGAUUGCAGUGGGAGCAAUGACUGGUCCCAUUUGGGGACAGACAACAUCAGGAAAUAGAAGAAAUCUUUUCCUGACAGCCAAAAAUCAAGAAAUCAAAUCCAGCCCAUUGCAUGAGAGCACCAAGUCAGUAUGAGCACAUGGACUUAGCCAUCACUCUUCUAGGCUUCUGCUGGACCAAACCUUGUUCCCAAUUCAGCAGGGACGUCUUGCUCCAGGCCUACUGUGUGGGCAGGGCCAGACCAGCAGGAACUAUUAAAAAAGAAUAAAUUUGAAAACAAAGGAACCAACCCAAUCAACCAAUAACAACAACAACAAAACAACAACAACAAACAAACCAGAAACCAAAACAAGAACACAGAUGCCAGUGGGUAAGCAGUAGUUCUGCCUUACUGAGACCACAGGAGUGACUGGUCUGUCCUGAAUACUAAGUCCAUGUCUUGUACCAUGUAAGCCUCUUACUCCAGCCCCUCUCCCAUGCGUUCCAGACAGAGUGUGCUGAAAGAUGUGACCGAAGCAGCUGCUCUCCCCAAGGAGUCAGCAUUUUGCCAUGUGUGAAAGUCUCCAGCACUUACUUCCUCUACCAUGAUUGUGAAGGUCACCACAAACAGUGCGGCUAUUUGAUCUGGGAUCUUUUCUUAACAUAUUUUUAUGCUGAUUUUACUGUUUUAAUUCUUUGUUUGGAAUGUAUUUUUUUUUUCUCAUUUCUUCUGUGUGUAACAACAAUUAAAAAUAUUAAUUUACUGGGUAUAUUUACUGUGCAGAUGUAACGUCUCUUUGCUCAUUUUCUGUUUCUGUGACAGCAGCCUACUGAAGCUCUGUAGCAGGCAGUGCUGUACCACUUCUGCCCUCGGUGGUGUGGCUCUGCCCUGAAGCGACCCAGAGCUGCACUGAAGCAGAAAGGCGCUGUCGCAGCCAGAUAUAGUAUUCCCAUCUGGAGAACCCCUGAAACACACCCACAGGCACCCCACAGAGCACAUCCAGCACAAAUGAAUGAGGCACCACUGUGCUGAUGGCAACUGGCUGGUGUUACAACACGUCCCAAGUGUCCUGGGGUGCAAAGCCCCGAAGGACACUGGCUCCUUGCUGCAACAGCCAGUCCCACUUACAGUGGUCAUUUGUCCACACUUGCAGGGAGAAGGCAGCUUGUUCCAAAUGAUUAUCUGAGAAAUUUGCUCACCAUGGUUACCCAGAAGUCCCACACAAAUGGCCAAUUCUCUUUUUUCUCCUCUCCUAAGCAGAAAUUUCCAGGGGAGAAACACGUUAGUAUGGACAUCUUUCUCUGAUUGAGGAUCUGCCAAUCUGCCAGUUUCCUCAGCUGUAUUUGAUGCAGUGGCACAGAUGUUUGGUUUCAUUAAUCCUGAACCAGGCCAUCUGUCACCAGUGGAACAGGUUUCAAGGAUCUAUAGCAUAGAAAUGCAGAGCAAGUGCUCCCAGUCCAUUAAAUGGAUCUGCUCGCAGGCUUAACAUAGAUCCUUCCACUGUGCCCUUUUCAGUGCAGUGAUUCCUGAUGUGAGAAUGAAUCAUACUAGGCAGAACCACUACCAAGUUUCAAAGCAGCCCGAAGGGAAGCGAGGGAAAUCAGGUGUUUCUUUCCUACUUCUUUGUCUCUUACAAUUCGUUUCAAAAACUUAGAAGCUCCAUGGGAGGAGCAUUCUGUACCCGCACACUUCCUUCCUUGUUGAAACAAAGGUGGCAAAGUAUUCUUGGACUAAGCAUGUGUGUGUGGCUGGCCACAUUAAGCUUUUACAUCAGAAAAGCUCCAGGAAAAAAUCACUAUAAACUAAAAGAACCAACAGUAAUAUAUAUAUAAAUUUAUCUGACUAUGUCAGUCCUUCAGUGCUUCAGACAUGUUCUAAUUCCUUAGUCCUACCCACCAGCAAUGAUGUUACUGGACCAUUCUGGAUCUUGGGUUUGCCUUAUGCAACCAGCUCUUUCACAUGGUGACUUGCAAAGCUGCAGACUGUGUUUACUUUUUUAUGGAAUUUCAAGGUCUUAAGUACUUCAGAUUUAUGACUUAUGGUAUGUUUAUACACAGCCUGACAUAAUGACGCUUUCAUCAUCACAGAGGUCCUGCUGAGCUAUCUGGGGACAUGGCAAACAAGGAGACAGAAUCCAGCUCUCCUCCUGAACUCAGAAGCAAAAUUCUCAUUGACCAGUGAAGCAAACUGAUAAGUAGAAGGGAAAACAGCAGUAUUUGGCACCUUUUAUUACUGUUAAGAUUCAUUAGCAGAAAUGUAUUAGAAAUGUCAUCUUUAGUGUUCUGCCUGAAACCACGUUAGAGGGAGGAAAUACAGAAACAUCAGAAUUGGCCCUGUUGAUUAGGAGCCCCACUUUCUACCACUUAGUUUAACUGACCAUUACAGAAGCCAAGCACACGUGCAUUUUGAGCCACACAAGCAAAAACAAAUGAUGCAGCCACAGGAACAUGUUCUGCAUGUUGGACCAAGUAGAGCAGGUUCUACUAAUUACAUCCUGCGUUUAGACUUCUGCAAACUUUCUGUCACUGUGUCCAAGAGGGUUUUUCUUAAGAAAAGAGAAAAUGAGAAGUGCUGCAAUCACUGCAACCAACCCUAGAUUUUGAAGUCUCACAAAGCACUAGCGAUGUGGCUUCACUGAACUAUUUAAAAGCUUUCCUAAACAACUGGUAACAACUUUCAAAAACAACUGAUUACAACUUUCAUAGGAAGUGAUACUUCAAGUUCUGGGAAAUCUCAUUUUCAUUCUCAUUUCCCUUUGUUCAGUUCAACACCAUUCUGAAAAAGUCACUUUGUCUAAUAGGCAUUGUGACCUUAGCACUGUGCCACAGAAAAUGAGAUUCACCCCUUCAGAGCUGUAAGAUGCUACUGCUCUAUGUCACAGAGGUGGAUCAAUGCACUGUUUCUGCAAAUACUGUGAAAAAGGCUAAAACUGAAAAUACGACUAAGCAGAAGAAUGCAAGCUCUGUAAAGAAGAGAGAUGGAAAAGUCUACAAAAGAGAGGAGACAAAUAGAGGUUUAGCUCCUGUGGAAUCAGCAGAGAAAUCAGUAGCAGAGAUUCCAGCACAGGUGUUUGGAACCCAUUUGCACAUCUCUUAGAUCAUUCCUUACUCCCUUAACUUUUGGGCCACCUGUCAAUACAUAAAUACUAUUGAAACCCUUAAAAAAUGCCCUCAUGGUCUGAAGGAGCUCCCAGUCUAACAAAGUGCUUUCACAGCUAAAGUACCCACAGCAAGUAAUGCUGUCCUCCAGCUGAUAACAGCCAGCCCCAGGCAGUAACUACCACUCUUCCAGAAAAUCAGUAAGAAUAUAGUCCUGCAGUUCUAAAAUAAGCCUACAAUUAAGUUAAAUUUUAAGCGAAAUCCUCCUCUUCUAAAGACAGCUUUUCAGUCCAUUAUUUCUUAUUCUGACAUCUGCUCUCCCCACCUCACUCAGCUGCAAAAUCCCUAGCGGGUCAGAGACUCUCCCAAGGGUCUGCCCAGGUAAGUCAAGGAGGACAAGGAGUAGUCUCAGGAGGUCCUGGAAAUAAGAUAUUACAGCAUCUGAUAUAUCAGCUUUCCUACCCCCCACCCCCACCCAAAGGGCCAUUUAAAAAUCCAAAUAUAAAUUAGCACCUCACCCACACAGUGCUUUUGCAAGCCUUCCUCCAUAGCUACCUCUGCUUACAAACAGGUUGCUUUGCAUAGCUUUGAAGAGGCGUGUUCCUAUUGUAACAGCUUUUUACCACAACAAGGUUUGUGUGGGAAAGCAGAAGGUUUGUCCUUUCCAGCAAUCAGAUCUCCAAAGGUAUAGAAAGCUGUUCUGCCCCUCGAGUCUACCCGUCUUUCCUUAGCACCGGUGAACAGCUCUGCCAAAGUUCUCCUUGCAUCAGCUUGGCUGAUAGUGACGCCAGACCAUGGAGAGAUUCCACUGCUAUUGGGAACUAGGAAACUGUCCUCCAUCUGUAGGAUGGUGGUUUGAAGCUGUGGCUUAAGGGAGCAGUGCAUCAGUGAACCUGGGAAGCAUAAGACCCAGUAAUAACAGAGCAUUCUAAAAAAGAGCAAAGAACUACUUUUGGUGUUAUAGGUGCAUAGUGACUUCAGUGAAAAAAGUGUCAUAUAUAUCCUACACAAAAAGACAAAUGAGUGCUUGAAAAUCAGAGCAGGGAACACAGCAUGCACGCAUCCUUUCCCUCCACUGACCCACACUGAGCUACUUCCCCACUGGCAGAGAGAUGGAACCCUCCAGAGUGGGCCUCAGCACUUGCCAGCAGGCAGUCCAGAAGCAAUGAUCACAGACAAAAAUAACUCUCAAAGAUCUUUCCAAAUAUAGCUCAUCAUUAUUGGUGCUGUAUCAGUUUCAUUUCAAGCUGUGUCUGGCAAUGUCUCUCUCUUAUUCCCUGUAAAGAAUAACAACAGAUCCAGAGGCACAAGGGCCUUUUCUCUAGAAAGGAAAUUGGGGGAAAAAGUUUCAUGUCAGACAAAAGGAUGGAGAUUUCUUGCUCUCCAAUAUUUAACCUUGAUCCCUGAUUAAUCAUAAGUUGGGUGAGCAUAAUAGGGGCUGCUGAAACUCAAAGGACACAGUAGUUUCCAGGCAUGGCUAUACUAAGAACAGUCUGCAAGCUGCAAGUUUGAGCAGUCAUGACAUGGGAAAACUAUGUGUGGCUUGUGCAUUACUAUUAGUAAAACAUCACCCCACGCACCUGUAAAUGUUCAGUUGCACGUGACCAGCCUGAGCUAACUGGAACACUGCUGCUGUGUUACAACCUGACUUAAAGCUCACGGGGUGGGAAUUUCUGGUAUGAAGAAAAGCAGGGAAGAGAAGGGAGGAUAUCAGUGUUUUAACUUAUUUAUUUAAUUAACUUUUUGCCUCGGAAACUUUUACUGGUAUAAAUGUUGGCAAAUGUUGGUAAAAUCCUGGCAUUUCACAGAGGAUGAGAAGAUUUAACCAGGGCAGUCUUUAGUAUUUGUGAAAAAAUCAGAAAGCUGUUGUCAGAGCUUGGACUGCUUGGAAACGUGUAGGAUAGGCCUGGUUAGGGACUGAGAAAAGGCCAUAUUUGCUUUUGAGUCACCUGGGGGUAUUUAUGAGACUGCUAGCCCAAAUAUGCCAUUUUAAGGAAUCUAAUACUGUUUUCAAACAACUGAAAGCAAAUCUUAAUGAUUUCAGAGGAAGACAAUGCCAGAGACAGGCUGCUUUUUGGAUCUGAAGAUAAGUUCUUAGAAACACUGUGGUCCUUGGACCUUUAUCUGCAGAACUGGGCAACUGCUUCCUUUAUGUGCAGGCAAAAGAACCAAAAUGAUCCAAAGAAGUGUGAUCCACACUGCGAGUCACAGUAAGAACAUUUGCCUUGAAAAAUAGCAAAACUGUACUCAGAUACAUAAAAUCUACUGUUAGUUACACAAUCUGAAGCACAGCAGCUGUGGACCUGACUAACUUGUGGUCAUCUUACAGCUGUAGGUUGUUAGGAUCGUAAGCAGGCAGAUGCCACUUGUUGCCACAGCUAAACCACAACUUGAACUUGCAUGUGAUAUUAAUAUUGCCCUUGUAUGGGGUAACUCCCACACGGAGGUUUUAGUGGAAGUUCAUGAUGCAGUCAUUGCUGUGACUCAUGUUACGGUUUGUUGGUGAGAAGCACAAUGCUAGUCCUUGCUGGGACACUCCUUCAUCUUGAGAUCAAAACACCAUGCUAAGGAAAUAGAGAUGCUGUGGGCUGCUCUAUACUGCAUUGUCUGUUGCACGCAGAUAUGCAAACAUAUACACACAUAUAGCCAGCACCAUCAAGACAGGGAGUCUUCUCCUGCGUAUGUGCAAAUCCAAAGAGCUUGGAUAUGACAGUUCAUGCCCUGGGUCUUCUUUCCCCACUCAGGGAGGAAGAAUGAGCAAUACACUACAUUACCCUCAGCACUGGACCAGUGUAUCUAUUCUCCAUGUAAACAAAUACAAAAUGAAAAACAAGAGAAGGAAGACUCAGAAACCUCAGUCUCCCAUCAAGCCGAUAUGCAAUUGUAGGCAAGCAAUUAAUUUUUGUGCUUCUCAGUCUGUAAAUAAGGUAUCAGGAUUUUGCUCCAUGGGGAUAUAUUGAUGCUUUCUCUUGUUAAUGCCAUUAAGUUGUAAAGUGCUUUGGGAUAUUUGGCUCCCAUGGUGCUUUAGAAAUGCAUGAUUAAAUUACACCCAAUUAUAAACCAAACCAGGUGAUCUUGGAAAGGAAGGGAUAUUGCUCUGAGGCAUUAAUAGUCAACAGAAUGCUCUAGGGGGAAUCAUGGGGAACUGCAUAUGCAAUUUAAUUUCCAGUGUCCAUUGUAGAUCUUCUAUUUUCAGCCUGUAUCUAAACACAUUUUCUGAAGUCAUUAUUAUCUUCUUUUGCAUUAGAAUGAGGUCCCGUCAGGUAAGUUCCCUGGAUCCUAAAUAUAGCACUGUAGGAUAAAAUUCUACUAGAUCCCAUUCUAGGGAAACAACUCUAUUUCUUCCUUAUUCCUCAGAGAUUUUUCUACCAUGUCUCAAGCUUCUGCAAAUAAACCCAAUGGUUUGCCAUUUAGGAUGAAGAAUAGGAAAUCAGUUUACAUCUGCUUGUGUCCUGCUGUCUUGCCUGAAGACAAGCAGGUUGUUACCAAGGGAAUGUACCCUAAGACACAACCUCCAUUUACUACCCUUUAUGCUUGGUUACAUACGCACAAGUUUCUUAAGUUGUUCAGGCCUAGAACAAGACCCAGGCCUCAGCACUUCUGCACAAGAAAAUGACUACAACCACCAAACUGGAUAUGCUCCUUCUCAGGAGCACAUAUAACAGAAGAAACAUACCUAUGGUUUAGUGACAUGGAUCAAGAAAGGCUGAUCAUUAAAUAAAAACAAAGCAAUCUGAUACCCAAUUACUUAUUUUAGUGUAUUACUUAUUCUAUUACUUUAAUGUAAUUCCCACUGCUCUUGAUGGAAUUAGAAGACCAGUAGAAGCAUGUGGAUAGCUUCUGAAGAAAUAUAUGCAUAGCCUGGUAAUAUAUAUUAAUAUAUGGUUUCCUUGUUUUAUAUUUCUGUUUUAAUAAUAAACAAAAUAUAUGUAUUGAUAAGCCAGACUGAAAAAUUGGGCUUGAAUCUCACAAAUCCAAGUACCUAUAUUCUGCUUUCCCCCAGCCCAGGCAGAAAGAUCAUUUAUUGUUUUGAUUUCAUGAACUGGGGCCUGUUCAGUUUUGCCUGGGACUACUGCUAAUGAGACAUCCUUAUUACUGAUGAGGCCUGAGCAGAGAACUGAACAAAGGAAAACACAUUUACCUGACACAGUACCCAUGGGUGUGCUAAAAGCACACCUAAUGUACUUCCAGGGACUUCUAUUGUUUCUUUCCCAACAAGACUGUCAUGCAAUCUCCUAAACAUGACAGAUUGUUUUUUCUGAAUGAAUCCUUCUCAUUUAGAAAACAAAUCCCAGUUGGAUGGGAAAGACACUACCAGACAAUGAUUUGUAAAGCCAGUUGUCUGUUUCAUCAUGACAUGAUAAGCUAUGAGCCUCGGACAGGCUCUACUAUUUUAAAUUCUAACCAACAUCUGUAGAACCUACUACAUAACGUCCUACACGUGCAUAUUGUUGAAGGCAGCUUGGAGCUGAGAAAAUUGCUAUCAAAUAGAUUAGAUGGAACAGCAACAAAGGAAUUAUUGUGCUCAUUGCCUAGGUGGGGAGCUGAGGUGCAGAACAUGUUAGUGAUAUGCUCAAAGCCACAGAGGAAGCCUGACCUUAGUCUGCAGUCUUGUGUACAAAAGCACUCUUUUUCCUCAGCGCUAACGUGAAUUUUUUUGCUUACCUUUAUCUUUGGAGAUGUACCACAGCUUCUUGGAAUCCAAAGGGUCAGUGUUCCCAGUGUCAUUGUGGGCAAUGACUCAGAAAAAGUAUUUCCUUCCUGGAAGCAGGCCAGUGAUGGUGUACUCAUUGCUGUAGAUUUUUCUGUGGCUGUGUGAACUAUGUGGCAGUACUGAUAUCAUGUUUCAGGAUAUCAUAAUGUGUCUGCUAGUUCUCUUCUUCAUCUUGGCUGUCAUUCUAUUUUAGUGUCACAGUUUCUGGGACUUUCUCAAGCCAGCUGAGAUUAGUGGCUGAUCUGAGGAAAUCUAAGAAUUAAUUUGCACAUUUAUGUGUUGAUUUCUCCUGUUUGGAACCAUCCCUGUGUUCUUUUCUGGGACAAAAUUUUUUCACUUCAGCUCCUCCCUUCCAGAGUCUUUGUGUGUUUAAUUAAAGCACUUUCUCCUUGAUUUCUUCUGACUUGAGGAACCUGAUUAGCAGCUUGCUGUAUGUAAUUCCUUUCUGAUGAAAAAAUGUGAUUGCUAAUUUUAAAAAGCACUCUGAAGAGACAAUGUACAAAAUACAAUGCAAAGAUCUCUAACCCUUCCACCCCCUGCAGAUCAUUACAGUAAUGAAAAUUUCUCUAAGGAGCAAGCUAGUUUGUAUGGACAAAGAUGUAUGAAUGCACUGUGCUGUUCCAGCACAAACCACCAUGUGGCUCUUCAGCCUCACAGUCAGGU